UCGCGCUCCGCCCGAGCCGAUGGCGCCUAUGGCGGGGCGCGGGGCGGCAGGCCUCUGGAGGGGCUGCAACUUGCUCAUGGCCGCCUUCUUCGCGCUGGCCGCGGUGGUGCAGGUAAAUGAUCCAGAUGCAGAACUGUGGAUGGCAGUAUAUACCAUACCUGCAGUGAUGACCUUGCUUGUUGGCCUUAACCCUCUUGUCACAGGUAACUGUAUCUGGAAGAGUGUCUCUGCAAUACACAUAUUCUUUUGUGUCAUCUGGGCUAUCAGCUUGGCGUACCACCUCUUCCUUCACAUACAACAGAACAUCUUACAUGAGGAAGAAGGCAGGGAGCUGUGUGGUUUGGUGAUUAUCACAGUAUGGAUGAGCCUGUGCCACAGUUCAUCAAAGAAUCCAGUUGGUGGAAGAACUCAGUUGGUUAUUGCCACUGCAAUUGCUCUUUUCCCUCUUAUCUCAUGGGUCUACAUAUAUGUAAACAAGGAGAUGCGGUCUUCCUGGCCAACUCACUGCAAGACAGUCAUUUAAAUGAAGUCAAGAAUCUUGUUCUUAAAAUGAAUAUUUUCAAUUUUUUCAGCAAACAUUCUUGUAGUCAGUCAGUUUCCAAGGUGUUUAUGUCAGUAACUUGAGCUAAUAUUAGAGGUGAUUUUUUUUUUUUAAUUCUAAGAAUUUUUUAAGGUCACCUACGACAUAAUGGGAUGAGUAAAGAUGGGGUCUGACAUUUUAUUCUACCAUAGUAUAGCAGAAAUAUGAAUUCUAACUAAGCUUCAUCCUUAUCGAUGAGACUUGGACAGAUACAUAAACCUCCUGGUGGGUAUUCAUCUAAAAAACAGGGUUAAUAAUAGAUCACCUAAUUACUUAAAUAGUUGUAAGAAUUAAACUAGAUAGUAUGAGAAAACUCUGAAAAUAUAAAGUGGUUACAAAGGCCGGCACAGGAUUAAAACAAAGUGAAGUAGGGUUUGAGUAACAUGAUAGAAAUAAAGGUCAAGAGGACAUUAUACCCAUGCACUAACCUCAUUACAUCAACUGGUACACUGCUAUGAACUGUACAUUAAGACUCCGGAGGAAUAAACUAUAUAAGCCAUGUCUUGAAAAGAAAGUUGGAUAGAAAAAAGAAAGUUGGGACCAAAAAGAAAACAAAAUAGGGGAUAAUAUUUACAUUCUAAAUUUAAAAUGAGGUAAAAAAAAAAAAUCUGUACUUUUUUAAUGAAUGUCAAGAUAACCUUAAAACAAUCGUUUUAGAGUUUUAUUCUCAAUUCUCCCACACAGUAGCCAUAGCCAAUGUUGCUAUGAAAUGUGGUGUGCUGACUGAGAAAGUAGUUUUAACUUUUAGAAUUUCCACUUAAUUUAAAAACUAAUGGUCAAUUCAGAUAUUAGAAAACUAGUAUAUUUGCAACAACUUGAUAUAUUUGUAACAACUUGAGUAUGUGACACUAUUUCUUCAACUGCAAAUUUUAUGACAGUUAAGUACAGAUCAGGUAUUUCCAAUGAAAACUUAAUGUCCAAAUGGGUGGACAGUUCAAGUAUAAAAUACACAAUAGGUUUUAUGACAUAGUAUAAAAAUAA